AUAUGAGAGCAUAUGAUAUGACCACCUGCAAAAACACCAAAUCCCAGAUCCACUACCACCACGCGCAUUCCCCUCCUUCGUCGUAGGGUUUAUCCCACUCGCCCCGAGUUGACUCACCCGACUCGCUCAUGAACCGGAACCACAAUUACAAGAACAGCAGCAAUGCCUCCAACAAAGAGAUGGUAAUCAUGGACGCCCGACCCGGAAAGUUGAACAGCCGAUCCAAUUCCAUAUCCGACCCGAACACCAGCCAAAGCCUCGCCUCCAUCCUCAACAACCCCAAUGCCUCCGACGCCUCCUCCUGGGUCGGCUGGUGGUCCUCCUCCGCCUCCGUCUCCCCGCCCGAAUUCGCUCCUCUCGUGCCUAAAUCGGCAUCGGACUCCGUGACCCGAUCCGACUUCCAGCCUUACCUCGCCUCCGUCUCCGAUCACUACAACCGCUUCGCGGACAUCCUCAACCACGUCAAGAAGGAGAAAUCCGACGUCGACUCCAUCGGCGGCCAAGGAGAAGCCCUCGUCGCGUGCCUCCGGGAAGUCCCGGCGCUCUAUUUCAAGGAGGACUUCGCCCUGGAAGACGGCGCCACGUUCCGUUCGGCGUGCCCGUUCACGAACGUCUCCGAGAACCUGGUGCUGCAGGAGAAGCUGUCGCAUUACUUGGACGUGGUGGAGCUUCACUUGGUGAAGGAGAUCUCGCUGCGUUCCAACUCCUUCUUUGAGGCCCAGGGGCAGUUGCAGGACUUGAACGUCAAGAUCGUCGAGGGAUGCAGUCGGAUUCGAGAGCUCAAGGAGACAAUUUUGCUCUUGGAUGUCGAUUUGGUCGACUGCGCAAGGCAGAUUCAUGAUCUGAAUGAAACCAGGAGCAAUUUGUUGGCUCUGCAGCAGAAAUUGAGGCUCAUUUUAUACGUCAAUCAAGCUCUUUCGGCACUUAAACUCCUUGUUGCCUCUGCAGAUUGUGCUGGAGCCUUGGACGUCACAGAUGAUUUACAGCAUUUGCUGGAUGGGGAUGAGCUUACUGGUCUACAUUGCUUUCAUCACCUCCGGGAUCGUGUAGCUGCUUCAAUUGAAUCGAUAAAUAGCAUUCUUUCUGCAGAGUUUAUGCGUGCUUCAAUACACGAUGCCGGAGAUACAGAUGUUAUAAUUAUAUCCAGAGUGAAAGCAAGGGCAUCUAGUCUCAUGAAUGGAGAAGGAGAAGAUGGUGAACAGAUUAAGUUGGAUGAUGAAGAAACCUCCAAUUUUCAAGAUCGUCUUCUUCCUGUCAUCAUUGGAUUGCUUAGAACUGCCAAGCUCCCUUCUGUGUUGAGGUUAUAUCGUGACCAACUUACAGCUGACAUGAAGACUGCUAUUAAAAAUGCGGUUGCAGAGCUGCUUCCCAUUCUUGUUUCACGACCACUGGAGUCAGAUUUUACACCUGGAGAGCGAGUUGAUGCAGAUGGUUUUGGCGCAUCACUUGCGAGCAAGUUGAGGAGCCUGUCAUCUGAGAGCUUUAUUCAACUUUUAAGUGCUAUUUUUCUAAUUGUAAGGGCACAUCUAAUGCGGGCUGCUGAAGUGAAGAAGGCCAUUGAAUGGAUUAUGUGCAACCUUGAUGGUCACUAUGCAGCCAAUUCAGUUGCUGCAGCGAUUGCAGUUGGUGCUGCGGCUGCAGAAACAGCUCAAGAGGGUGAUGGUCAAGGUGGCUUGCUUAUGCCAUAUUCACCCCAUAGGGUUGCUACAAAGGCACUUUCAAUUCAAGGGAAAGCUAAUGAUGCAACAAGUCCUUCAAACAUCUCUAAGAAUUUUAGAGCUGAUGUGUUACGAGAAAACACAGAAGCUGUUGUUGCAGCAUGUGAUGCUGCUCAUGGAAGAUGGGCAAAACUACUCGGUGUUCGUGCUCUUCUUCAUCCAAGGUUGAGAUUGCAGGAGUUUUUGAGCAUAUAUAACAUCACCCAAGACUUUAUAACAGCUACAGAGAAGAUAGGGGGAAGGCCGGGAUUUAGCAUCAGGGGAACAAUACAGUCACAGGCCAAAGCCUUUAUGGAUUUUCAGCAUGAAUCUCGUAUGGCAAAAAUUAAGGCAGUUCUUGACCAAGAAACUUGGGUGGAAGUGGAUGUUCCUGAUGAAUUUCAGAUCAUUGUCACUUCACUAUUUAGUUCUGAAUCAUUGGUUUCCCAGAACCUGGAUGCUGUCCAAGAUAAUACGGAAACAAGUUACAAUGAGGUGGCCACAAGCAGUAAUAGUUCACAUGCAGCAGAAACGGAAUCAUCAGUUGCUGAACAGCAAUCUAAAGGGGCGGAUUCUAGUGAAACAUCUGCGGAUGUUACUGUAAAGGAGACACCAAAGUCUGAUGGAACUGAGAAAAAUAAAGCUGAUGUUGCAAAUUCUGUUGCUCAAAAUAACCAUAGCAAUAAGGAGCGAGGAAAAUCAACCUCUCAAAGCCUUUUCUACAAAGGUGUUGGUUUUCACAUGGUAAACUGUGGCUUGAUAUUGAUGAAGAUGUUGUCAGAAUACAUUGAUAUGAACAACUUUUUCCCAACACUGUCCUCAGAAGUUGUUCAUCGUAUUGUAGAAAUUUUAAAAUUUUUCAAUACAAGAACGUGUCAGCUUGUUCUUGGUGCUGGUGCCAUGCAGGUAUCCGGUUUAAAGUCUAUUACUUCUAAACACUUGGCCUUGGCAAGUCAAGUCAUCAGUUUUACGUAUGCUAUUAUUCCUGAAAUCAGGCAAAUUCUUCAAAAAGUGCCAGAGACAAGAAAGGCAUUGCUGCUAUCAGAAAUUGAUCGAGUAGCUCAGGAUUAUAAGGUUCACAGAGAUGAAAUACACACCAAGCUAGUUCAAAUCAUGAGAGAAAGGUUAUUGGUUCAUCUACGCGGGUUGCCCCAAAUUGUAGAGAGCUGGAAUAGACCUGAAGAGGCUGAUCCACAGCCUAGCCAGUUUGCUCGAUCCCUUACCAAGGAAGUUGGAUACUUACAACGUGUUUUAACUCGAACUUUACAUGAGGUUGAUGUCCAAGCGAUUUUCAGGCAAGUAAUUUUGGUCUUCCAUUCACAAAUAUCAGAAGCAUUUUCACGGUUAGAGAUCAGCACACCACAAGCCAAGGACAGGCUGCGCCGGGAUGUCAAACACAUUCUUGGCUGCAUUCGAUGUUUACCUUCGGAUAAAAUGAGCGAAUCUAGUAUUCCAAACUGGGGUCAGCUAGAUGAAUUUUUGGUGCAGAGAUUUGGCGAGGAAGCCAGUUAAAUGUUGUUGUAAAGUAGCGAAUCACUUGCUUCGUUGGAGAUGGCUAAUCAAAUUUUUGGGGAUGUCAGAACCAAUUUCGGUGGCCUAUGCAUUUCCCUUGUACAAUUUUAUUGAGGUAACCUGAGUGUUUUACAUUUUUUCUGAGAUGUAUAAAGGCAGUGUACUCAGAUCCAAAUAUUUCAAGAAGGUUGUUGAAAUUGAAACCGGAAUGUUUUUUCUGUAGCAGUCACACUUGAAUUACCAUUUGUAUUUACUAGGACGACUCAAAUCAAUGUUUUGCUCCCCUGAUUGUAAUUUUGAGUUAAAAGAUGACGACGAUUGAUUUUUUUUGGUUUUUUAGCUUAGUGAAGGGACGACGAGCAGUAUCGCUUUUGAAUUCUCGACUUCCGUCGCCGGAAUCGCAUCUAAUUGUAUCAAUAGUUGAGUCAUUUGCCUGAAUGCCAGUCUUAAAUGGUAAAUAAGAGCUUAUUUUUCAUGUACCA